AUGCUCAAGCGCUCGAAAUCGCUCGCUGACUUCUUCCGCCCAUCCCGCUCGCCGUCGCCUGCUCCCGCUGCCCCUCCUCGCCCCGCACCCGCAUCCACCGCCGACACAGACGCGUAUUCUCGACGGGACCCGUUCAGCGAUGCAUCCACUUCCCCGAGCCACUCGCGCCAGGCUCCACCAACGCUCGACACCUCGUUCGUCCGCUCCGGGACGGUCGACGAUAUCCUCGGUGCCUACGGAGACUCGCCCACCAAGGCGCGCCAGCCAUCUUUCCCAGAACGCUUCGACAGCAGCUACACCACCUCGUCGUCUGUGUCGGCCUCGACCUCGCGGGACGAGAUUGCAGAGAUGGUUCCUGUCCUUGACAGGCGGGACGAUGUUGCGACGGCGACGAAUGGCGCGCUGAGGAGUAGCCAGAGGAGUGCGAGGAACAGGCCUGGAGGACCGCAGACUCGGAGUAGGAGUAACACGGACCUUGACUUGAUCGACCGGCUCGACAUCUCGGGUCUGUAUGGCGGAGGAGGCUUAAUGCGACAUGAGGGACCUUACGCCGCCGCCUCGACGUCGCGAAACCAAGGCAACCACGCGCCCAUCGCCGCAUUCGACCCAUCCGCCUUCAGCCUCGGUCCCUCUCCUUCACGCACUCCGCCCCCUCCCUCCGCCUCCUCCAUGCGUCGCAAAGUCUCGAAUGGCUUGUCGGAACGAGCGCAAGCGACUCUGGCAGCGAUGGACGAGAACCGCGAUAUCACCCUGGGCUAUCCUGGCGGUCGCAAGGGGAGCGCGAAGAACCAGCAGCUGCUGGAGAUCUAUGGGAUGAGGGACGCAGAGGCGUGGGAGGAGUAUGGACAGGCGCGGUAUGAGCCGGGAGGUAGUGCGACUGCGAGUAGGGAGAGCGUUGUGCCGAAUGGCGAGACGGGCGAGACGGCGAAGCGGAGCAAGGAGGACAGGAUGCAGCGGACGCAGAGUAUCUGGGACAUCGAGGCCACGCUCAAAGCCGGCAAGCCCGUCGGAGCAACUGCACCUCCCCCCGUCCCCGUCAUCCCCGCCGACUGGAACGCAUCCGACGUGUCGCCCUCGAACAAGCCGAAGCGAAGCAAGUCGCUCGCAGCGCGCUUCCGCGCCGGUCGCAAGAACCCGAACAACCCGCUCACGGACGAUACGACGGUCGUCACUUGCGCCGAGGACGGGCGCGAGGCGGCUCAGGCGCACAGCGUGCCUGUCAGUCCUCUUGAGGAACGACGACCGUACCGCGACUGGCCAGCCAGCUCGCCCAUGUCGCUCAACGGGUCGAGAGGGCCUUCGGCUGGGAUGGACGGCGGAGUCGAGCAGCUCGAGGCGCGCACUGCGGCGAUCAAGUUUGACGAGAAUGGGCUGUCGGCGCCUAUGAGUCGGACGGCGACGGAUGAUGGGUCGGUCACGGCGAGCCCGACGACUGGCAAGAAGGAAAAGGGCGGGCUGAAGAGGCUCUUCUCGACGAAGCGCAAGGUGGGGCUGAUUGUAGACGUUAUCGAGAAGGCAAGGUUGCGGGCGACCUUGUAA